CUCGAUUUUCCUAUAAAUGUGAUUGUUGUGUCCAUUGAGAAAGAACGCGAUUAUUUUGCAACAUUGCGAAACAUUUUUCCGUGCAAGUGCAUGCAAUUAAUUAUGUAAUAUCAACGGAAAUAUGACAUGACAAUAUAUUUCUUGCCUUGAAAAGAUUAGAUUUGUCCUUAUCGUAUGUGUACAUGCCUUACUUAAAAACUACAUAAUUAGCAUUCAUUAAAAUUCCUCUGCAACUACGGCGCUUUUUAAAGUAAUAUGAGUCUACUACAGUCAAUGCCGGGAAAUGUGACCUUCCUUUUCAAUAAACAGGCUAGAAAAGAAACGAGAUUAGUAAUUUAUUCGUCAUGCUAUCGUAAAUCAAAAUACGGACAGCGAAUGCCUCGUUCGGCGAAAUGCAAUGCACGCGGUAUGCAGCAGUGCACCAAAAUCGCAUCAAAGCUCUUCACAUGACGAGCGUUCGACGUUAUCCUGAUCCUCCUACUCUACCGCUUCCUACGAACGUCUCUGAAAUAUUUGCAAGCGAAACCAGUCGUUUUACGCCUGAAAGAUCUCGAGACAUCGCCGCACCGGUGUUAAUCUAUGGCAAGGGUGUUAAUCGCACAUCAUUCUGCACCGAGCAAUCGUCGAAAUCAUUGGAACGUACCAGCAUCCCCGUCACCUGCGGUGAUUCACACGUGGACUCGUACGAUUGCUUCGGGGCGGUGAAUUUAUGUAGUACGAUGCAGACUAACGUACCGAAACCUUUUUGCUCUAGUGGCAAAUCGACUCAUUUAAAUAUGCCGGGUGGCCAGUGGGCCAGGGAUGGAAAAUACAUUGCCGAGGACAUGCAAAAGUCGCAUUAUCGAAACGUUCGCUUACCGAAAUCAAACUUGGACACAAGCAGUACUGCAAGUCAAGCCAUCAUAGCGAGAAUUAUUUUGAAAAACCUGUAUCAACCAAAUUAUAUCUUCAGUAUGAGAUAUUCGACGCAAACACCUGAAAAAUCCAAAGACCAACAGAAAACGACGGAUGUGUCCAAGAAGGAAAGAUUCAGGCAGGUCGCGAGGGAUUACGGAUACACCGUUUUUGUGUUUCACAUAGGGAUCUCCUUAAUAUCUCUUGGCGCGUGUUAUUCGGCUGUACUUAGUGGAGUAGAUUUAUCACCUCUUGUUAAAACUAUCUGCCAGGAAAAUGAUGCAUUAGAGAAAAUAUUAAAUAAUUCGUCAAGCUUUUUGUUGGCGUACAGCGUUCACAAGCUCUUUGCACCAGUACGAUUGUCGCUCACGGUAGGACUAACACCGAUACUUGUACGAAAAUUACGAAAAAUUGGAUUACUUAAACCAUACAAAGUAAAAUCAACGGGACCUAGUUGAAUGGUUCAUCACAAUAGUUAUUAUUACCUUCUAUAAUAGUCAUACUAUAUACAUGCAUUUUUAAUCGAACGUAAUUACACAUCUGUAAACGAACAUAAAUUCAUUAAAUAAAUAUACUAUGUCUGAAAUGUU